AUCACUGUUCACUCAGCAGCUGGUCUGAGGCCAUUUCCCUUUAAACCCAGUCAGCCAGAAUCAAUUUGACCCAAGUGAUGUUUGCCUUUCUUCCCUCCACAUUCAGCAAUCACACCUUGUAAUGAGUUGUGAGAGGCUGUCACCUCUAACCCUUCAGUCCAGUUUGACAGGAUGGAAAACAUUAAACAAAACUUUUCUAGUUCACUAUAUAAGGAUAAUUCACUUUAAAAACAUGCGCCUGAAGAUGCUGCUUUGAGGAAUGAGGAUGGUGAAGUCGCGUCAGUGAUAAUAUGGCUGUUCUCAACACGUAUGGGCUGAUCUUUGCCUGUACCUGUGGAGUGAUCCUGGGCAUUGGGCUCUGUGCCAACUUGUUGGUCUUCUCUCUGUUUGCCAAGCACAACACGUUGCGGAAGAACCGCCUCGACAUCCUCCUACUCAGCAUGACCCUGGCUGACUUCCUCACCCUCCUGCUCAUCCCUUUUACCUUGUACUCUGCCGUAAGCCACUCAUGGCCUCUGGGUGACACUGGCUGCAAGGUCUACCAGUUCCUGCUGGCCUUUAGCCUGGCAGCCAGCACCUACUCAUUGUGUGCUGUAUCUAUGACCCGUGCCAUGAUCAUCACCAACCCGUACCACCCACCCACUAUGGACCUGGUCAUCCUCAUGUUUGUCCUGGUCUGGGCCCUCAGCUUCUUCAUCAGCCUGCCACUGCGAAUGUUUGCCACCAAAGACAGCCUGGGCCCAAGCCUGGGCUUUUCCUUCUGCCUUCCAACCAUUCAUGAGCACCACUACCAAGUGGUCCUCAGCCAGUUUGUACUUUACUACUUUGUUCCAAUGCUGGUCAUCGCCUUCAACUAUGUCCGGCUGGCUGUCUUUCUCCACAAGAGCCCUGUAAUGUCGGUGUCCAGUGCCAGGAACACCCGCCGUGCCUCUGUCAUGGUGUUCUUGGCUGCUGCCACCUUCUCAGUGUGUUGGCUGCCUGGUUAUGUGCUGGAACUGUGUGUGUACCUGGGGCUGUAUCGCCAUGGACAGGCAUGGGAGAUAUUUUACUUCGUCUGUACUGUGCUGCAGUACCUGCACCCCUGUAUCAACCCUGUGCUCUAUGUACUGCUCUCAAAGCGCUAUCGCCACACGAGGGCAGCCUGGCUCUUCAGAUGUAACAGGAAUAGAGUGCAGCCGCAGGUCAUUAGUGUCACAACAGACAGCUUUUAAAUACACAUGAUUUGUUUAAGCAUCAAGCAAAGUCGGGGAAAGUCUUUAUGUAUACUGUUUAUAAAAAUCAACUUCUUUUGUAUACAAUAAGAUGAAUGUUUUCGUGAUUACCUUCCAUUUCUGAGGUAUAAAUGAAGAAAUAAGAAGACAUGAAAAUAUGGGAGGAUAAUUUUUUAGGCUUGAACUUAAGUUUUCUCAAAACAUUCACUAUUAACUGCAAAAAGAAUAAUAAUCAUCAAAAUUAAAUGUAAGUAUCCAGUGUUAGGUGAGCUCUGUAAGCCUAUUGUAAGUAGUCUAAUGCUACCACCUAAAUAAUGCAGAACUGAAAACAAUAUGAUGAGACAUUCAUGAAGCUGCAGUUUAGUCUUUUUUUAAGUAAGUAGCAGUGAGCUUGAUUUCAUAUUUUGGGCAGCACUUUGAUUAAAUUCCCACUGAGUUUGUAUCAAAUGUUUUUGAUUAGUUUAUUUUCAUUGGUCAAGAUGUUUCUGUGACUUUUCUUAUUUGGUUGGCUCUAUUUUCUUGUUUGUUUUUACAUGCUAGUAAAAUGACAACACCCAUCAUGAAGCAUUUUGUGUUGUACUCAUAUGCCUCUUUUGUCCUAGUCUUCUAUCCUCAUGUCCUCAUGUCUUCUAUUUCUAUACAUCAUUUCAAACUGCUUUCUUACAAAAUUAUUUUUAGACUUCUUUUAAAAGAAAAUCUAAAAGAGCGAGGAACACUAUUUAAUACUUUCAAAAUAUUCACAUUUGUAUUGGGCCUUAAAGAUAGCAAUACAAAACUGCUUUUAUUUCAUGGCAAUCAUAAAUUAGAAACCAGAUGUACUAUUUAACCUCUCCACAGAGCUAUGUUAUUCCAUCAUAUUUGGACAUUUGUGCUCCACAAACUCUAAAAACCUGCUUUA